AUGGGUCUUCAUGAAAGCUUCCCCGCGUACGGUGGUCGCGGCCCCAGCGACUUGCGCUUGGGUAUUGCUUUGGGUACAGUUGCGACUGUUUUUAUGGUGCUGCGGGUUUAUGUUCGUCUCCGUAUGAACAAAUUUGGAACCACGGCAUUGAUAUGGUCUCUCGUGGCUUGGCUAUUUACUACUCUCACUCAAAUCUUCGGUAUUCUUUCUAUUCUCCACGGCCUAGGGAACCACAUCACCAUCGUUCAAGAAGUCGGCGAACUACACAACUUCCUUCUAUUCACAUGGAUCACGGUCUUUUUCUUCAACCUAGCGAUUCCGACCGGCAAGGUCGCGGUGGCUGCAUUUUUGAUUGAGAUGAACUCACAGAGCAAUCCCAAAAUCCGCCGCAGUCUCAUCGUCGUCGCUGCUUUGAAUAUUAUCGUGAACAUCCCCCAAGUCCUCCUGGUCUGGUUUCAAUGCAGUCCUCCCAGUGCUCUAUGGGAUCCCCUCCGCCAGAGUCAAUGUGACCACGGCAAGAGUGUAUACUAUACCUACUUUGUCGGUGCCGUGGCCGCCAUCUCGGAUAUCUACCUCGCCAUCAUCCCAAUCACAAUGCUGGUACCCCUACGUAUCGACAAGAAGUUAAAAUGGGGUCUGAGUUUCCUCAUGGGAUGCGGUGUAUUCGCCGGCGCUGCUGCAAUUGUUAGAACAUGGGCUGCCAAGUUCAUCAUGAGCGAAGACUCAUCCUAUGGAGUGGGCAUACUCUUUCGCUGGGGCGAAGUCGAAGAAUGGAUCGUCCUCAUCACAAUGUCAAUUCCACCCGUAUGGCCACUCUUCCGGCCGUUGACCCAUCGCUUCAUCAGAUCCACAGCGAACCGCAGCCAGCCUCAAUACAGGCAAAAUGGCUAUUAUGGCAAUUACGGCUCUACAACUCGAGGAAACCAAUCAGUUGCGCCGCCGAUUGUCACGACUACUAUUUCUAUUUCUUCUCAGAAGGGCGCUGCGGCGUCAGCUACAACGGCAGGCCCGUCUUCUUCCGCAGACUCGCUUUCGAGAUUCGGGGAGGAGCCUGAGACGCCUCAUACUAUCCUUAGCCAUAAUGGUGAUCCAGAAGGCUGGAUGGAGAUGUCGCAUUUCAAGGAGCAGAAUCGGACUUGA